UCUUCAAUCUCUGGUACAGCAGAGAUCAUAAACUGUUAGGUAGUCAAACGAGGGGAAAUAUCAUUAUACACACCUGGGAUAUUCCAGAACAGUGUUCAGCUGGUCACUCGUAGAUAUUUAUUAACAAUAAUUCUGUCUACAUAGAUAGGUCUUUCAUAAGCACUUAAUAUUGUUUACCAAAGAAAUGGUGAUGGAGAAGCCAAGUCCCCUGCUUGUAGGGCGGGAGUUUGUGAGGCAGUAUUACACACUGUUAAAUAAGGCACCAGACUUCCUGCACAGGUUUUAUGGGAGGAAUUCUUCUUAUGUUCAUGGAGGACUUGACCCAAGUGGGAAGCUUGCAGAAGCAGUUUACGGUCAAGCGGAAAUCCACAAGAAGGUCAUGUCCCUGCAGUUCAGUGAGUGCCACACAAAGAUCAGGCACGUGGAUGCUCAUGCCACACUGAGUGACGGCGUGGUGGUGCAAGUCCUUGGAGAACUGUCCAACAACGGUCAACCCAUGAGGAAGUUCAUGCAAACUUUCGUGCUUGCUCCAGAGGGUUCAGUGGCCAACAAGUUCUACGUCCACAAUGACAUCUUCCGUUACGAGGAUGAGGUCUUUGGAGACUCUGAAGCGGAGCUUGAUGAAGAAUCAGAGGAGGAAGUUGAAGAGGAGCCGGAGGAGAGGCAGCCGUCCCCUGAGCCACUUCAAGAAAGCCCCAACAGCACCACCUACUACGAGCCUCACCCUGUCACUAAUGGAGUAGAGGAGCCCAUGGAGGAGCCGGCUCCAGAGCCCGAACCAGAGCCCGAACCGGAGCCCAAGGUAGAAGAAGUCAAGCCUGAAGUCGAUGAGAAGGUUUUGGAAGAGAUGGAGGAGAAAGCUCCGUCACCGGCCCCUGUGGAGUCUCCACCAAACACACAGGAGCCUCCCAAGGCUUUCUCAUGGGCCUCUGUGACCAGUAAAAACCUGCCACCCAGCGGCACUCUAACGUCCUCUGGAAUGUCCCCCCAUCUUGUCAAAGGUCCAGGCUCACAGGCCAGAGUUGAUGCAAAGACGGAGACGCAGACGGCACCCAUCCGACCGAGAGACCAGCGCACACGUGACAGACCGGCGUUCCCCCCGCGGGGUUCCAGGCCUGAUGGUGUUGCACCUUCGGAGUCACAAACGGGGAAACCACCCUUGAGUUUUGUUAACAAAGGUAGCCGGGGCGACUCUGACUCUGGCGACAUGGACAACAGGCGAAUUGUCCGUUACCCUGACAGUCACCAGCUCUUUGUUGGCAACCUCCCACAUGACAUCGAUGAGAGCGAGCUCAAAGACUUCUUCAUGACAUACGGAAACGUCGUGGAGCUGCGGAUAAACACCAAGGGCGUUGGUGGGAAACUUCCCAACUUUGGAUUUGUGGUCUUUGACGACUCUGAUCCCGUGCAAAGAAUCCUGGGGGCCAAGGUAGAAGGGCCGAUAAUGUUCCGCGGUGAAGUGCGUCUGAAUGUGGAGGAGAAAAAGACGAGGGCGGUGCGUGAAAGAGAAACUCGUGGAGGAGACGAUCGUCGGGACAUGAGGCGCAGCGACCGGGGCUCCGGAGGGUCAAGAGGCAUCGUGGGGAGUGGGAUGAUGCGCGACGGGAGGGGACCCCCACCCCGAGGCGGCAUGGCCCCCAAACCUGGCAUGGGCUCCGGAAGAGGCUCCGGGGGCCAGGGCGAGGGCCGCUUCACCACCCAGCGCCGCUGAGACGAGCACCACCCCGCAGUGUGGAAGUAGUACCGCGUUCUUCAUCUUCAACCGUUCUCUCGUUAAAGAAAAAGAAAUCUUCAUGUAUAAACGUAUAUAUUUGGUUUUUUGUUUUAUUUUUUUAUUUUUUUGUUCCCUCUUUUGCUUUGGAAUGUGACACAGCCUGUCAACUUUUUUCUUUUGUGAAAUAGACAGCACAAAAAUAAGCAAACAAAUCUUUUUCGCUUAUUAGUUGUGAGCUGAGCGUCCUUUUCGGGUAUCUCAAGAAUUCACAAACUUUAAUUUGUAAAUUUGUGAAAGAAAAGACGAACCAACCAGGAGCAAGCAAUCUGCCACAUUAGGAGGGACUGAUGAGACUUUUAACUACGAUAAUACAGCCCAUCAUUUGGAAAAGAGAUUAUAUGCCUUGACUUAACUGAGGCGCUGCUUCAUGAAAUCCCUCUAUUGCACAUUUUAUACGGUAGUUUUCUGCCCGUUACUGUUGGAAAAGAGUGAGAUGCAAAAUGUGUGCAGUUCCAGUGGAAAAGUUUGCCUUUUACUUUUUCCUUUUGAGAGACCACUGCUUACAAAUUGCAUAAUGCACUCAUCAAUAUGCACUAAUGGGUACUUUUGUCGUAUUACAUAGACAUCCAAGCUCGGAACGCAGCUGGAGAGACCUGUUUUGUCUCAAAGCGACACGACUUUCCGGGGCAGGCCUCGCUCACAGCCUGUCCGCUGUGACCAAUGAACCUUUCACACUUUUGACCCAAAACUACACUUCAAUUACUGCUGGAUGGACAAGAUGACAAAGCAAAUCUACAUUAUAUUUUUCCUCAUUUAUAAAUCGAAUGAAAAUAAUAAAAAAAAAAAAGCUUAAAUCCUGGACUUUCACCAAAUAACUCGGGGGAGGGGGGGACAAGAAACGAAGAACAAUAGAAGAGUGGUUGUGAUGAUGGCGGCUCGCUCUGUUUUUUUUACUUUGAUUCCAAGUUUGUUUUUUCUUCAUGUUUUUCCCUGCCAGCUACACCACGAAACUAGACGGAUGCCACCUUCCCUGCCUAAGUGCGGAGUAACAGAAUAAAUGUACAGCUAAAAUCAUAGUUUACUGUAUGUUUUGUGUUCUGUAUAUAUUUCUAAUUUCUCUCACAACUUGGUAAAAGCAUGAAUGGUGCCUUCUAUUUCACCUUUUCCAGUCUUACUAUAGCGGUUCGAGGCGUUCUGCUUCCUGUUAUGGAGCCGCUCAUUUUGAACUAUAUUUCUUUUUGGGAGCGGAUGGGAAAACAUUGCAGUAUUCAUUCACAGGUUUUUGAGUUUUGUUUUUUUCUGGUGCAUAUUUUAUUUUUCCAUACUGUUUUACUACCUAAGAUAAUCUGCUGUGAGUUUUUUGUACAUUUGUUUGUAUUGUGUCUGUUCUGGGGUUUGUAGAGGACAUUAGGUGCAUCCAGUUCUGUUAGAUGUUAAUAGAUGCAUCUGAAGAACAACCCCCCCCACCCCGGUUAAGGUACAUUAAAGAUGGUGACAGUAAAAUGUUUGUUCUCGGUUUAAGAAAUCAUAGCUCUACACAUCCCUAGGGUCUGCAGUUUGGAAAUAAUUUAUCUAAUUCAGAUGAUGUUACUGCUACGUUGCUCAGCAACCAUUUUGCAAUGCUCCGUGCAGGUGGACUGGCCGUAACCCGCCUACAGACUAGCAAAUAAUGCUCACUUUUCUAGCUAUUAGUGCAUUUGUAUUUUCAUAUCCUGUUCUUCUUAUUAUUCAUUUAUUUCUUCCAUUCAAGGCAAUGAUCUAAACGCCACCUUUGUCUUCCCCCUCUUGCCCUCUAGUGUAUUUCCUUUGUACCACUUGGUAGGGAGGGAACACCUUUUGGUUUCAGCUGGACAGGAAAACAUGACACACUUUAUCAUUUUUUGUUAUCUUGCACUGAAUUGGGAAGUGAUCGAUGUAGCAUUUUUCUGGACAAAUAUACGAAUGAGGUCUUCCUUGUCUGCUGGUAUUGCACUAUUUACAACAUUUCUGGGACAAUCUCUCAUUUUGAAUUCAGUCUCUCCAAAUUUCUCAUCUGGCAGUAGAAAAAACAUGAUUACGUGACAUGAAAUAUCUGCUCUCAGUUGAAACUACAUGGCAUAUUUUAUGUAAUUUGCCACAGUAAUACUCGGCUAAUCUCCCUUUGUAGUUGAAAUCAAAUAUUUUCAGAUGUGAGAUUAGUUUAAUAGAGAUUUCUUACCAUCAGUCUUUGACCUAUUACAGAAAAACCUUGCUCUUUGAUCCUUGAGUGUUUCUCAUGGGUGCCUCUGCCCCGAAUGUUUAUUUGUCAGGUAAUCGCUUAACUCGAGCACUUCACUGCAAUCCUACUUUUUACAGCAAUGGUCAAUGAAGAGGGUGACGAAGAAGAGCCAUCAUGCUUUCACACCAAUUUGUGCUUUUUACAUCAAAGUGGUGGUUAAAUAUCUGAGGAUAGAUCUUCUUUUUCACUGAGGUUUUCAACAAACUACCCUUUUCCAAUCUUUUAAAGGAUCCUCAAAAGCGAAAAAGGCUGUAAAUUAAUUUUCCUGUGGUUGAAAAUGCAGUAUGGAUCCUCAUUGUGAAUCAUUCCAGUCCUUUUUUUGAAUGGAAAUAGAAGUACCUUCUUGGCUUUAGCAGGUGUGGUAAACAAGUGGCUGCCAUCUUCAUUUGUACUGUGUUUACCCUUUACUUGUUGCUAGUACAAAAGUGUUGCAGGUGGAGAAUCUUUUUCCUGGUUUUGUUCUUUUUUUUUCUUUCAAUUUUGAAUGUGUUGGACUUAACAUACAAUAAACUACUGAUAUCAGCCCCACUCACAACGUUUGUCAUGUGUACAGGUUCCUGC